UUGGGAUUCAUUCCCACUGCAUGUGUAUGACUGGGAAAACCAUUAGUCAGCAACAAACAGUAAUAACGCCUCAUUGUUGCUCAUCGUCAUCUCCAGGUGUGAAAUCGGUCAAUUGACAAGUGUGCUUCGAUUUUGAUGACCCCGGGUCAGCGCGAGGUCACGGCUCUGUGUUUACAGAUGAGGUGAUGGCACACGCCGCUGCCCCUUUGAAAGGUGACAAGGUGAGAGGAAUGACGACUUAAUCUCUUAUUUACGAGUUACAGUAGCAGCGGAGGGGGCGCGGCCCAGCGGAGAGUCGUCCUCCCUGACCUCCUGAACAGACACACGGUGGAAAUCAAUGCAGCCAUUUUAGAUUGUAUGUGUAAAAAAAAUCAAUUUGUUCAGAGACAAGAAAACAGAAAAUGUUGAUAAAAGUCUUUCUGCCGAAAACCAAAACUGGACUUCUGUGCUAUUUUCGGGAGUCAAUUUUCCGUGGCCAGAUAUUUGGGGUUUCUUUCCUAUAAAAAAAAUAGAAAUUCUUAAAAACUAGUACGCUAACUAAACCAUCACAUUAGAUUAGGAUACAUCUCCAAACAUCCAAAACACACAUUAACUACAGCUGUGACUGACAAAAAAAACAAACAAACAAACAUCAAAAUCAACACUUUUUCAUGAUGCGUUUGACCAACUACGUCACCGGGGGCAGUUUAACUCUGUGACAAGUGCUCUGGAGCCAAGAGAAAUGUUGGGCCAGAUGUCAAUGGGUCUAUUUUGUCUGUGUAGGUUGUGUGUUGCAGCCUGAGUGACUCCCCCUCCCCCUCCCUGUUUCUUUGCCUCCCCUGUUAUGUCUAAAAACAAAUUUGCUUUUCUGCUGUGGAUCCUGAAACGACUGAGUCAACGAAUGAGUUCAGAAAAUGCCGGGGUCUUCUCUUUUAUGUGGAGCUAAAAGCAGUUUAUUGAUGCAAAAGCCCUGAACUUAAUGAGGAAUAAAAUAAUAGGUUCCACUGCAGCCAAUAGGAAGUGAUUAUUUGCAAAAACAGCUCUAAAAGUAGGAAUCUGCUAUUACAGUGAAGGACGGGCUACGAACCAGUAAAUUAAAGAGCAUCAACAAAAAACAUACUGUUUUUCUACUUGCAAAAUUUAAAUAAAAAGAAGGGGAAAAUCUUUCAAACUAACUCUCAACUGUUUUUAUAUUUCUAACCGACCGCCGCCCGGUUGUGUUUUACGUUGCUGCCUCUUUCUCCUUCAAGCCCACGUGGCCGGUGUCAACAGGAGGUAGGUCUUGGCAGACACGUUAAGCCUAGUAUGUUGUCUGUAUCUGUAGACAGGCUGGAGUGUUGUCUUUCAGCCCGCUCUAAAAAUGAGCCAGGCAGCAAGUAGGUCAGCGAGUCAGUCCGCCAGCCAGUCAAGGCGUGCCAAAAUAAGACGCUGCUGUUAGCAGUGUGCAUGUUGCUCAACCGGUUGGGCUGAAAAACUGACCACAUGUGACAGUUGCUGCAGAGCACACAAAAAAAAAUCCAGAGGUGUUACAUCAAAGGGGAACUUCUUUAACCUGAAACAGACGGUAGGAGAUGAAAUAAGGAAACCAAGAUAGGCAAAAAAAAAGGGAGGGAAAAACCCUGAGUCACUUUGCUUCCUGUCUAAAAAAGGAAGGGGGUGGAGGUGCCUUCAUCUCUCACAGCCUGACAGUUGAGACCAGUGCAAUAUUCAAAAAAGUGCACAGGGGGGAGGAGGAGUCCUGUCCUGUUCACUGGAUCCACUCCAGUGCUUCAGGGCAGCCAUCAUGGUGUUCACUAUUGUGUGCGGCUGAGGGGAAAAAGAAAAAAAAAAAAAAGAGGAGGGAGCAGAAAGAGAGAGGGGGGGAGAGAAAACCUGUCUCUUUGUGUGGGAAGGACCCAGCAGGAAAGUGAUUUUUUUGAUUAUGAGAGUUAGCCAGCAAAGCACAGCUCUUCCCCUGGACCUGCAGCAACAUCUUGUCCACCCAGGGUGGGUGUCUCUGCUGUCCCACACGGCUGUGACACACCGGCGUGCUCCUGGAGCCAGCCAACAGCGACACCCGGGCUUGUGCUGAUGAUGAGAGCCGACGUCAGAGUGGUUUCCAUGAAUAUUGAUGUGGAGGAUAGUCUGUUUCAUAGAAGAACAGAAGGAGGCAAGAUGGCUGCCCUUUAGGAUUUGUAAAAGAGGAGCUCCAGACGGUUUGUUGGAAUUUCUACAAAGUGGAGGGACGUGAAGUAAGCUCUUAGAAACAAGUGACGUUUUGAAACACAAUCAUCCGAUGUGACCUGGACUACAGCUGUGUAACCUGUCUGUGACGUUGGUGUGAAGGUCACAUGGUUCAAACCUCUCCUUCAAAACCAGACUGAACCAGUCAGGACGAACAAAGGGCUGCCCUUUGGAUGGACUCUGAUCAGGCCAGAUGGAAACAGAACAGACCAGUCAUGAGAAGGAAGAAAGUUUGAUGUUAUCACAAUUUGGCACACCUCAAGGGAUUCCUCACAAGUUACAGAAUGGCAGCCAGUCUUCAGAAAGAGAUCUGCAGAUCAAUGGGGAUACAAACUGGAAUCAUUUUAAGCCUAACACAGGUGUCAACUGCAUGAAGAGGCACAGCCCCUCUCUGGGACAAGGGCUAUUUGAUCAAGGAGCCUACAUGAUGAAUGGAGAAUUUAUGAAUGGGGAGCUGAAGCAUGCCCUCACUGAACAAUCUUUACUGGUGCACCAGCCUAAAAGACCGAAAAUAGAUCCUGGGAUGAAGGGAAAUGCUGACAGGAGCUCCAGUUUGCUGGAUAAUUUUCCAGCAUUGACAAGAGCAACAGAAUUUGAAUGCAAUGCCCAACACAGAGAGGUUACAUUAGACAAGAGACACUGUAAUUUUCAAAACGGGGACAUUUUCUAUCUGCCGAGGGAUAAACAUGUGUCAGUUCCAAAUGGUGCUAUCUCGCCUCCUUCAACUAUGGAAACCACUCCGGGUGAUCUUUUGGAAAAAACACUAUCCCAGUAUUACCCCGAACAAGUGUCAAUUGCAACAAAUACAUCUGGGACCCCACACAAUGCUGCUAACAGUGUUCUGGCAAAUAAGUUGCCCAGUGAAGGUGCUCAACAACUGUCACUGACCUCAGGAUUGCACAUGUCAGCUCAGAUGCCUGAAACACAGGAAGAGCAGAAUGUGACAUCUGGCAAUGCUGAAGCAAGCAAAGAUUACAGUCCUGCCACCAAUACUGUGAAUGGAUACUCCAACAGUUUUGGCAUAGAACACCAGCAACCAGCGCAUCAGCAGCAAUUGCCUACCCACUCUGGUCAGGAGUUAGCUGCAGGUUAUCUAGCUGGAAUGAGCUUACCUAAAAGUACUGCCAAUACCUCACAACAACAAAAUGGCUCACAGUGUUAUCCAACUGAUAAUGUUUCUCAAGGUUUAUAUGGGAAAUCCAGUCCCGUGUUUACCCAAACAUCCUUCUUGAACCAAGGUGCUCCUCUACAAUCGUCAGAGACAGGUUUCAAUGCAGGUCCAUACUCCGAGAGACAAAAAAUGGGACAAGUUGAAGGACUUGGGACUGUUCGGCAUCAGCAUUUUAGUACCGACAGUGGUCAUCAGCAUGGAAUUCAACCCCAAAACAUAAAACCACACGUAGGUGACCGUAUUCGACCCAUGACAGAUAGUCUCAAGCAUUCUGUUGUAGAAAAUAGAAUAGAGAAUAUCUCAAACCACAGAAGUAACUUAAGUUCAACUUCACACCAAAGAGGUUGGAUAGAGUUAAAUGCUUCACAUCCCCACCAGCAACCUCAGAGUGGUCAGUCAACUCUGGCACCAGACCAGGAUAUUUGGAAAGGCCUCUCUGCAAAGUCUCAGUCAGACCCACGGGCAGCUAACCACCAUCUUCAUAGACAGAUGUUGCAACUGACCCCAGAGCAAAGACCUGAUACAGAUUUCAUGGACAGUAGCCAGAGGGCUAACAAUGUGCAGAAAAAACAGCAAGAUUGCCUUCCAGGCCAACCACACUGUGUUUCAGCCCAGCACAACACUGCCACUGAGUGGCAGCAGUCGAGUUCUGAAGCAUCUCAGAUGCACCAACCUCUACCUGAGCAGCUUAAGUUUACUCCAAAUCAGUCAACUGUAAGGCACUACCACAACCAGGUGCAGUCAGAUCCUUUAUGUGAGGACCCUGACCUGCAGAAAAUAUUGUCACCUGAGAUUUUAACAACACAACAACAGCACUGUCACCAACAACGACCCCUGUCCCACCCACCACAAUAUGAAGGGCAACGGCCCCCAUCCACAAAUUACAGACCUCACAGUCAGCCUCCACCGGGUCACCAACAGCUCCAACCCAGCCAAUCUAAUAAAGCAAUUUCUGGCCAAGUCAAUAACUCACAAAACCAACAUGGUGAGAAUGCAUUGUUUAGUUACAAUAACUCUAAAGAAAUCCAACAACUACAACAGAGUCUAAGGGAGAACUCACCAAACGCAGGUAACAGUUCCCUGAAGCAAUAUCAACCACAACAGGCAAACAGCAACUGCCAGGAACUCAACAACAAAGACUUUCCUCAGCUCUCGUCCCAAUCACAACCUCAGCUUCUACAGGGUGCAUUAAAUCCACAGGUAUCAACACAGAUGUAUCUUGAACAACAGCUAAAAACAUCAAGCACUCAGGUCCAAAGUGGACCUCGAUUACCCAUGGGUCCUUUAAGCCCCAGUAGAGACUUUCAGAGGCACGCUGCCCUUCGUAUGCACCUGUUACAAAGGCAGGAUCGACAGAACCUGCCAUAUCCAGCUCAGGGUUUAAUUGACCCCAAAAGCAGCUUUAAGUGUAUAAAACUGGAAAAUGGACCAAGAUUUGAGGCCUCUGCAUUACAGCAACAGGAGCAAAAUGUAAAGAUGCAAGGUGGCAUUCAAGUCAAGCAGGAAAAUCAAGAAUCCCUGUGUAUGCAAAGCAAAAGCCAAGGCAGCAUCUUGGCCUCCAUGGAACAGAGUCUGAAGCAGUACCAGCUGUCACCUGUAUUUGAGAAAAAAUCUUUUGUCAUUAAUGCAGCCAACAAGGUCAAAGUGGAAUCUUCUGGCAGUGUGACAGUCUUAUCAACUAAUACUGAAAUAAAUGGAGUAGAAUCAUUUGCAGCGGCCACCAAUGCUGUCUCUGUAAAAAACACACCUGAGAUUACACCUAAGAAGGAAAACCUCUUGCAAAGCUUUAUGGAAUCUCCGAUGAAGCUGCUGGAUACUCCCAUAAAGAAUUUGCUUGACACUCCUUUAAAAACACAGUACGACAUAGCAUCCUGUCACUGCGUUGAACAAAUCAGCGAGAAAGAUGAAGGCCCAUACUACACCCACCUGGGUUCAGCACCUAGCGUUGCUGGUAUACGGGAGAUGAUGGAGAAAAGGUCUGGCCUCACUGGUUCCGCCAUCAGAAUUGAGAAAGUAAUAUACACUGGCAAGGAAGGAAAAAGUACACAGGGGUGCCCCAUUGCUAAAUGGGUGAUUCGUAGAUCCAGUGUAGAGGAAAAGGUUCUCGUUUUGGUGAAGCAACGAAAUGGUCAUACAUGUGAAACAGCAUGUAUCAUUGUGGUAAUGCUCAUCUGGGAAGGCAUUCAGCCAGGCCUCGCUGACCGCCUCUACUUCGAGCUUAGUGAAACUCUAACAAAGCAUGGGGCACACACUCAAAGACGAUGUGCUCUCAAUGAGGAGAGGACCUGUGCAUGCCAGGGGCUAGAUCCUGACUUCUCUGGAGCAUCAUUCUCUUUUGGCUGUUCAUGGAGCAUGUAUUACAACGGUUGCAAGUUUGCCAGGAGCAAAAUUCCAAGAAAAUUCAAGCUACUAGGAGAUGACGUAAAAGAGGAGGAGAAACUGGAAAAAGAACUUCAGAAUUUGGCAACGUUGUUGGGUCCUCUGUACAAAACUAUGGCACCUGAAGCCUAUGGAAACCAGGUAGAACAUGAACGAAGGGCACCGGAUUGUCGACUAGGGCUCAAGGAGGGUCGUCCAUUUUCUGGAGUCACUGCUUGCAUGGACUUCUGUGCCCAUGCCCACAGAGACCUCCACAACAUGCAGGGUGGCAGCACUGUGGUCUGUACAUUAACGCGCGAGGACAACCGAGAGAUUGGGAAGAUACCUGAGGACGAGCAACUCCACGUUCUCCCACUUUAUAAGGCUUCAAACACUGAUGAGUUUGGCAGCGAGGAGGGUCAGCUAGAUAAAAUAAAGUCAGGUGCCAUUCAAGUCUUGAGCACCUUUCGCCGCGAAGUUCGCAUGCUUUCAGAGCCUGCGAAGUCUUGCCGACAAAAGAAGUUGGAAGCUAAAAAGGCAGCUGCCAAUAAGAAUGCCAUGCUUGAGAGCGCAAAUGAUAAGGCAGAGAAAGCACUCCUCUCCAAGCAAAAAACUGGCAGUUUGGAAAAUACCACACAAAGCACACAUGUAGCAGGACCUAUUCCUGGAGCCAUAGGUGCAGCACUACACCAAGGUUUGCCACAACACCAACCUGGGGCACAUCCACAGCAGUUACAGCAGAUACAGCAGUUACAGCAGUUACAGCAACAACAGCAACAACAGCACCAGAGGAUUUUACCCCCUUAUCCUGGUUCAACAAAUGCACCCAAUUACCCCAAAUACCCCGGUCAUCCAGGCUCUUUUCCAAGCACUUCCAAGCCUGGCAGUUUGUAUCCCCCCCAGCCACCAACACCUACAAGCCCUUAUCAUUCCCCACUCCAUACACCAAACUCUUACAUGAACAGACAAAAUCAACCAUAUCCUGGUUUUAAAGGUAAUGGGGGAAUGCCCAUUGACAAUUUUCUUCCAUACUAUGCUUCCAACCCAAAGCACAUGGACAUGUACCAACAACAACGACCAGCGCUUUACCCAGAACAGCAGUACAGUGCACAUCAUCGUUAUGAAGUCAACUAUCCACCAAUGUACGGACAGCCAGGUAUGCAGGUCGAUGGUUACAAUCCAUGCAACAUGAGGCCAGUUCCCUCUAUGAGGCCUUACACUCCCUAUGGUCCCAAUGGAGGAACUGAACUCCAGUUUAUGGACCCCCUGUCUCGAACAUCCAAUCCAGUUCAUGGAGGUCUUGACUAUACAUCAGCAGUGAGUCAAGGCACUCAAUUUGGUGGAUACCCAAAUCCAUACCUCUCUCGAGGCCCUCAAAUGUUGCCACCAGGUCAGGAUCCUUUCAAAAUGCAAAUCAAAACAGAAAUGGGAAUGCCUGGGCCCCAGAUGACCUCCUCUCAGUUGGGAGCUGGCUGCUUAAAGCCUGAGCCACAGCCAGGAUUAGGACAUCCUAACGGAAGUCUCUUGGCCUCCGGUAUCAAACAGGAGCCAGGAACACCACAGACACCCACAACUCCACAAAAGCCUGUGAUAUGGUCAGACAAUGAGCACAACUUCUUGGACCCGGAUAUUGGUGGUGUGGCAGUUGCACCAAGCCAUGGCUCAGUUCUAAUUGAAUGUGCCAAACGGGAGCUUCACGCAACAACACCCCUCAAAAAUCCUGACCGCCAACACCCAACACGCAUCUCCUUGGUUUUUUAUCAGCAUAAAAAUCUGAAUGAAGCCAAGCAUGGUUUGGCGUUAUGGGAAGCCAAGAUGGCAGAGAAGGCGCGGGAAAAAGAGGAAGAUGCAGAAAGAAAUGGUGGUGAGGGGACACCAAGUAAGAGCAACAAGAAGGGGGUGAAGCGGGAGCAUUCAGAGUCAUAUGACCCCAACACGGUACCUCCGUACAAACGUUUUAUCCAGAGGUUACUGGAGGGCUCCUUGUCAUGCACAACAAACACCUAUGUUAGUACAACUCCAUAUGCCUUCACCAAGGUCACAGGACCUUACAGCAAGUUUAUGUAAAAAAUGUUAUUUCAAAAAUUGAAGGUGCUUUAUUUAUGAAAAAACAGAAAGACUUCCUGCACCACUUGCCUAUUCUGAACACCGCUAAACAUUGCAUAGUCGAAAUAACCUCUGUCAACUGGUCUUUCACCUCUACAGUAACCGAGCUUUACUAGUUGAACCAACUAACUAUGUAUUUAUUUUUGGCAGAGGAGUUUUGCAAGUACAGUGUCAGAUUGUUUGGUGCUUUUAGUCAAAUACACAAGGAUCUAUUUUUUUACAGAAACUAUUUUUUUUCCUGUCUUUGCUUCACUUUUCUUACGGGAUUUUGUGAAAAUGUUGACGGAAACACUGCACUGGUGAACGACAACCUCCAUGGUGCUUACGUGCAUCUGUCACCGUUUCUAAGGAUUACACACACAACCACAACACGUGCUACAAUUCAAAGCAACAGUUAAUUUCCACAGGAUACUGAAAAAUAUUUCCCCACAUCAUCAGCAUAAUAAUGUUUUGUGGCAGGUCAGUGUCUUACAGCACUUUUUAAAUGGAAAAAGAUAAUUGUUUUGAUUGUUUAAAGAUUACUUUAACAAAAAUUGGGUUAUACUGUGUCGCUGCAGUGCCGGUGAUUGGGUUUCCAGCUGAACUCGACUUGAGCUUACAAGUCUGCAAACAUAGGGUAUGCUAUCACAUGCAAAAAAAAAAAAAAAAGACUAUCAUUGUGUUGGUGCUUUGUUCAACUUCCUAUGUAAUUUUUACUGUAAAAUAAGCCAUAUUGAAUGGUGCAUUUUAAACUUUUUUAGAAAAAAAAAAGAUCUUUUCCAGGUUUACCAUGUUGUUGGUUGACUUUUUAUGUACCUUACUGUCGGUUGAUUGAACAAUCCUGAAUUGUGAAUAUUACACUUUUGUUUUUCCUUUUGUGCUUGGUAAAUAUGCUUUUUUUCACUAAAGGAACAUAGAACAGGGUCAGCCCAGUGUCAGUCUCUGAAGGCAGCUGGCUUGCUGUGGGGUCUUUAAUUGUUGUUCUCUAACUGUAAGUAAUGCAGGUGAGAUUUGUACAGUAACUUAAUUUUUUUCUGUUUUUGAAUUACUGUUCUUCAUUUUGUGUUUUAAAGAAUGCUAACUUUAUGUUUCAUUUGGGUUUGACUGUUUUAUUUUCACAAGGUGCUAUACGACGUACUAGAGAUAUACAAUGUGACUCUUUAACCAGCGAGCAGGCUUUUAAAUAAUGUAUAGUACGUACCUGUCAUAUACCUCAAAACUAGUCUGGCAAUAGGAAUAUUGUUCUGUCGUUUGUUUUGUUUUUUUCUCUCUACAGUUCAACUAAGGGCCACCUAAGAGGCAUACAAGUUCAUGUCUUACUUUCUUAUGAUCUUUUAGAAAGUAUUACUUGAACUUGGUUUUUAAUGUUACUGUAAAAUCAGGGACAUUUUAAAGAAACAGUGUCUUCACCACCUGUAGUUAUCUUGCCAUACUGUCACUGAGGACGUCAUUGUUGCCCGAAUCCCCCCUUUUAUGUGUAAGCCAUCAAAAACACUUCCCCUGUAAUUUUACUUAUAUUUUGUGGUGACCUCCAAAAAAUAAUAAUAAGCGAUUUGAACACAGAUGCACUGAGCUGAUGAAAAGGUAUAUCAUCAUCUGGGUUAAAAAGAAAUCAAUUUGAUUUUGCAGGAACCACCGUGGCCGUGAUUACCAUAGUUGCACCUAUGUAUAAUUGCAUUUAUUUAUAACUGCUUAGUAAUUAUUAUGACACGCCCACAUCACCCACCCACACUCUCUACUCUAUUUGUGUCAGUUGAGGCAUCGCUAUAGAGUACACUAAAAUGACUGUAAUGUUUAGGUUAUAAAUUGUAGUCCACUCUUAAAACGUAUUCAUUUUCUGAAAGCACUUCAUUUCUUUUUUUCAGGAAAAAAAUAUGUAAUUAAGAAUUGCUAAAUGAUUUUAUUUAGGGAGAUUGUAAAUGUGUGUUAAAAAAAUUAAAUAAAUUAAUAAUGUCACCGUGUACAUACCAAGAAUUUGUAAUGUAGAAAAACAACUAAGUCUCCAAAAGUUGGCGUUGGCUAUUCUUAUUCUUUACAAGUGGGUCGCAGCUCUGUCACAUAUUCUGACACAAACCUUCCACACAUUCAGGUUACGACAACGAUCACUGAUUGAUAAUCCAGGACAUCUCUGUAAAUAUUAAUGUCACAGCAAUGUUUACAGUACUAGAGUAGUCCUUAGAAGUUCUAGAUCCGUCUCCUAGCUCUCCCAGUUUUGUAAAAAUAAAAAAUAAAAUAAAUAAAUAUACAUUACAGAUGUUUAUUUUCAUUGUACAGUGCCCAGCUACAGUAGCAGGUUGUGGGUGAGAAAGCCGAAGUAUCUAAGACAUAGCGGGUUACGAGCAUGGCCAUACUUGAAGAUGCUUCAGAGUGUUGCUGAGUGAGUCAACAUUACUUGAAUGACUUUCUGGGUUUAUCUAGUGCACUAUCUGUGCUGAGCUCAAAGGUUAAGCUAGCUGUUGAUACACAAUGUUUGUUUGUUUUUUCAGUAAGACACUAAAAGGUAUAAAAAAAAGAAAAAAAAAGAAAAAGCGCAACCUUUGGCCUGUCAUAUUUUAUAAAGGCUUACCUAGUUGUUUGGAAAUUUGAUGUGACAAAAAUGGAAUUAAUGAUUAUUGAUAUUAAUACUGUAAGUAUUGUAAUGUACUGAAUGCAGUUUAUUUGAGAACUGUUUAUUAUAUCAUUCCUGACAUUGCUGAGAUGUGGGUGUUUUUUUUAAUAAAAUUUAUAUUUAUUUAAAGCAA